AUGGAUUCUGCUUCAAUUAUUUGGGAUAAUCAACAAACUAUUAUGUUUGAAGAAAGAUUAGAAAGAAAGAAAACUUCAUGGAUCAAACAAUUAUUCUUUGUUUAUAUAUAUCCAAUAAUGGAUGUAAUAUAUAGAAAUUAAUAUUUAUAGAAAGCUAAUAAAGAAGGAUUAGAUGAGAGUCAAAUCAAGGAAUUGUAAACUUAAGAAUAAUCAUUUAUGCGUCAUUAACAGUUUUCUGAACAUUUAAAGAGGAUUAACCAAAAAAAUUUAGUUAAUUUGAUAUUGAAAUAUUAUAUAUGUAAAUUGUUGAGAUAUGAGCAAUAGAGUAUUUUUUCAAAGGAUUUUUAAUCUAAAUAGUAGUACUUUUAAGUCAAUUAGCUAUGCCUUUGUUAACAAAAUAUAUAAUUGGUUAUAUUAAUGAAAAAAAUGAUAAAAAUUAGCAUUAAGCCUUUUUACUUAUUUUUCUUGUAAUAUUAGUAAGAAUAAUAAAUUUAUUGGGUAUGUCUCAUUCAAGAUUUAUGAUGGUAAUUAAUAAUAUAAAAUAAAGAAACUAUAUGGAUUUGACAUAAUGGCAGUGGUUAGUUUGGAAAUAAUGAAUAAAUGUCUUAAGAUUUCAUUAUUGAGUAAUACUGAAAGAUCAAUAGGAGAAAUUAGUAAUCUAAUUUAAGUUGAUGUAUAAAGAUUAAUUUAAAUUCCAAAUAAUGUUGUAAAUGUGAUAAUUAUUCCUAUAUAGAUAUGUAAAGUAUAUUUAUAUAUAUUUAGGUAUCACAUUGACAUAUAUUUAUUAAGAAAUUGGUAUAUCAGUAGUUGUUGGAAUAAUAAUUAUAGUUUUAAGCAUAAUUUAAAACAAUUAUAUAGGUAGUUAAAUUGUUAAGGCAUAAAGUAAAGUAUUGAAAGCAAAGGAUAGUAGAGUAAAAGAAACAACAGAAGUUUUUUAGUUAAUAAAAUUUAUAAAAAUUAAUGCUUUUGAAUAAUACUUUCAGUAAAAGAUUUAUUAGUUAAGAGAAAUAGAAUUAAAUUGUAUAAAAGAGAGAUUAAAAUACUUUUCUAUAAAUGUUUUUACAGGUUGGCUUUCACCUUAAAUGAUUUUAAGUUUAACUUUUGGAUUAUAUGUAAUGUUAGGAAAUGAAUUGAUUCCAAGUAAAACAUUUCCUAUAAUUGGAUUGUUAUCUAUUUUAGCAGCAAGUCUUUAAUUAUUACCAAUUUCAUUAAAUGAUCUUUUAGAGACAAAAAUAUCUCUUUAAAGAAUACAAAAUUUUUUGGAUAGUGAUGAUUUAAUGAUUGAUAUAUAUAGUAAUUAAAAUAAUAAUGAAAAUUAUGCUUUGAAGAUUGAAUAAGGUAAUUUUUAUUGGAGGAAAGAAUGUAAUGAUGAAUAAUAAAUUUUGAAGAAUAUAAAUAUGAUGGUUUAAAAAGGGAAAUUUAUUUCAAUAAUUGGAGAUGUUGGUAGUGGAAAAUCUUCUUUAAUUUAAUGUAUUUUAGGAGAGAUGAUUUAUAAAAUGGAUGAGAAUAAAUCAAGUAUAAAUAUUAAUGGUUCAAUUGCAUAUGUUGGAUAGAAACCUUGGAUUUAAAAUGCAACAUUAUAAGAAAACAUUUUAUUUGGUAAACCUUAUGAAGAGAAACUAUAUAACUAAGCAAUUAAAUAUUCUUGUUUAAUGUUAGAUUUAGAAAUAUUAAUUUAUGGAGAUUAAACAAUGAUUGGAGAGAAAGGAAUUAAUUUAUCUGGAGGAUAAAAAGCUAGAAUUAGUUUAGCUAGAGCUAUUUAUAGUUAAGCUGAUAUAUAUUUAUUUGAUGAUCCACUUAGUGCAGUAGAUGCAUAAGUAGGUAAUUUCAUUUUAAAAGAAUGUCUUAUUAAUCUAUUAAAAGGGAAAACAAGAAUUUUAAUUACACAUGCAUUAAAUUAUUGUAAAUUUACAGAUUAUAUUUAUUUAAUUUAGAAAGGGGAAAUUAUUGAAUAGGGAGAUUAUUAGAAAAUGUAGAAUUGUAUUGUAUAUUAAGAAAUUGAAUAAAAAUUUGAAUUUGAAUUAUAAAAGUAAGAGGAAAAUGAAUAUAUUAAUGAGAAUAAAGUACAAUUAAUAAAUGAUAAAGAAAUUUAUUAAAGUUAAGAAUAGAGUAGAGAUAAUAAUAAAAAUAAAUCUGAUCAAAUGACAGUAGAAGAAAGAAAGAAAGGGGAAAUUGAUUCAGAAGUAUAUGUCAAAUAUUUGUAAUACAAAAGGAAUAUUAUCCAUCAAACUAUCUUAUUUAUAGUUAUGUUCAUUUGGAUUCUCUCUUAAAUUUUAGCUAAUUUAUGGGUUACUCAAUGGACUAAUCGUUAUGUUUAAUUGGGAGAUCAUUUUAGUGAAUAAACAUAUUUCUUAAUAUUUUUAUUUCUAGGAAUUGUUUAAUCCUUAUUUGCAUAUAUUCGUGCUGUGAUGAUUGUAUCAUAAAGUAUAAAAUCAUCUUCUUAAAUUCAUAAUGAUAUGAUCAACUGUUUGAUGUUUGCACCAUAAUGUUAAUUCUUUGAAAGAGUUCCCUUAGGGAGAAUUAUGAAUAGAUUAACCAAAGAUAUUAAUUCAUUAGAUGUUGAAAUACACAUCAAUAUAGCAUAAUUUUCUACAAAGAUUAGUUAAAUUCUCAGCAAUAAUUUAUUGAGUAUUUAUGUUAGCACCUAUUUACUUAUAUUUCCAUUAGCCAUUUUCUUUUACAUUUGUUUGAAAAUAUAGCGAUUGUAUAUGAAAGCCAGUCGAGAACUAUAAAGAUUAGAAUUAAUAAGUAGAAGUCCAAUCUUGAGUUAUUUUACAUAAUCCUUAAUGGGAUUAACAACUAUCAGAGCAUAUAAAUAAAAUGAAUUUGUAAUGAAAGAGUUUUCAUAGAAAUUAGAUUAUAACAAAUAGGUUGUUUAUUAUUCAACAGCGGCUAGUUCAUGGUUUCUAUAAAUUCUUGGUUUUGCUAGUUUAAUAGUUAAUACAUUUGCUAUCGGUUAUUGUAUUUUAUACACAAAUAAUCCUUCUUUUGCAGGUUUGAUAUUAACAUUUGCUGCAAGUUUGGAUCGAAAUGUUCAAUAAACUGUUGAUUCAUUAAGUUUAUUAGAAAAUAAUAUGAUAUCUUUCGAAAGAUGUUUAGAAUAUACUAAAAUAGAAUCAGAAAAUCUUGGAGAAAUAAAAACUAUUGAUCAAUCUUGGCCAAAUGAAGGUAGGAUUAGAUUUAUUAAUUAUUCAGUAAAUUACAGAAGUAAUCUACCUUUAGUUUUAAAAAAUUUAAGUUUUGCAAUAAAUUCUAAAGAAAAGAUUGGAAUAGUUGGAAGAACUGGAGCUGGGAAAUCUUCAAUUACUCUUUGCAUUUUAAGAAUUUUAGAAGGGAUUCAAGGUUAAAUAUAGAUAGAUGAUAUUGAUAUCUCAAAAAUAUAAAUUUAAAAACUUAGAUCAUAAAUAACAACUAUAUUAUAAGAUCCAGUGAUAUUUUCAGGAACAAUUAGAUAGAACCUAGAUCCAUUAAAUAAAUGUAGUGAUUAAGAAAUUAUGAAAGUUGUAGAAUAAAGUUGUUUAUUAUAAAUUAUUAAUGAGAGAAACGGAUUAGAUACUCUUGUUGAUGAAGGAGGUGAUAAUUUAAGUGCAGGUGAAAAAUAAUUAAUUUGUAUUGCAAGAGCAAUAUUAAAAAAAAGCAAAGUUGUAUUGAUUGAUGAAGCAACUGCUAAUAUUGAUAUUGAAACUGAAUAAAAAAUCUAAAAAACUAUUUAAAAAUCAUUCGAAGAUUGUACAGUGAUUACUAUCGCUCAUAGAAUUAAUACUAUUUUACAUUGUGAUAAGUAAUAUUUUAUAUUUAUAAUUCAAGAAUACUUGUAAUUAGCAAGGGUGAAUUAUAGGAGUUUGGUUCAACUAAUGAUUUAUUAAAUGAUAAAUCUUCUUUAUUUUACCAAAUCUAUUAAGAAGCUAUAAAUCAUGAUUGA